CGCGCGGUGCGUGGAGCGUGUAAACAACAUAAAGCAGUUUUAAACAGCAAGAAUAAAAUAAAAUAAUACAACAAAAAACCGACAGAAGAAGAAACGAAGAGAAGAAGACAAACAAAAAAAGAAAACUAAAACAUUUAUCUCAAAACUCGGGCUCAAAGCGAUAUCAUUCGCCAUGUUCAGAGUUACAAAUAACCACCUGUUUGCGAUUAUUUUAUUUCGACUUCUUCAAUUCGCUGCUUUGAUAGACUCUUCGAGUGUGAGGACCACAAAGCAGCCCACGUCUCUUGGAGUGCAUAUGGUUCGAUCACCAGAGUCGAUCGUUGCUCCUAAAGGAGACGAAGUUAUGUUUGAAUGUGAACUGAAUCUGAUUCCGGAACGUUUGAAAUGGCGUUUUCGACACGCCAACUCAACCACAACAGACUCGUUUCAGUACUUGCAUAAGGCCGAUUCCUACAACAUAUCCAAUGAGGAGAGGAUGUCUAAGCUGCGUAUUUAUGUGAGCCCAGAUUCGCUUGGAGAUUACCAAUGUGUGGCUUGGUUUGGGUCAGCAGCAAUUGCUUCAGUGACGGCAAGUUUGACCCUUGCAACCAUCAGUGUAGACCACACGAAUGGUUCAGCGAACAAAGCUGUACAAUGGAGUGUCGCAACGAAGAACUGUGUUGUAGUUAGGUGUGGUACUGUUACAUCAAAUCCACCAGCGGUUUGGACAUUCUAUCGUAAUGGCAUUAAAAUACCAACUACUGAAUUUCUGCCUUCUUCGGGGGGACUAGUGCUGAAUUCGGUUUCAGCUAAAGACUCUGGCAACUACACUUGUUCGGCCAUGAAUGCAAUUACUGGAAUUGAUGUUAAACUUCCUCAACGAGUGGACAUUAGCAUAGAUUACACCGAAAGAACACGUCCUCACUUCCUAAUCCAACCGCCCAGUAGCUUCACUGCCAAACCGGGUGAGACUAUUGUUCUAGAGUGCCCAGGUGUAGGCAGUCCACCUCCAGAGGCAGUGUGGAGCAGUCCUGAUGUCUCGAAUAUAUACCAUAAUCGAACAAAAACACUUCCCUAUGGAUUGCAGAUUGUAAACGUAGUACCCGAAGAUAAAGGGACAUAUGUUUGCCGAUUGGAUAAUGGAAUUUCACCAGCACUUGUGCACAUAAUAACACUGAAGGUCCUGACACGGCCGCAGAUAUUACGUGGGCCAGCAGCGACUCUAACUGACGAGGGAGAAUCCUUGGAAUUAGAAUGCUUGACAACUGGGAAUCCAGCACCAGUUAUAUUUUGGUUGAUCAAUGGUGAAUACACUUCGCAGGAUAACGAAACAAGUCAGGAAGGUAAUCGAUUGUUUAUUAAACAUGUAGAAAAAAGACAUGCUGGUAUUGUGCAAUGUGUUGCAAAGAAUAUAGUUGGAGAGACAAGUGAAGGAAAUCUACUGCAAGUUAAUCCGAGACAAAUACCGGGCGAACCGGGCUAUGUGCCUUUAGAACACUUCCCUACGAAACCAAUAUCUGACCAUAGCGGCAACAAAAGUAAGGAGAAGCGGAAGCAUCAACCAGUUAACAUGACAUUGCCUACCCGUCCAAAUGUUACUCGCUUAUCCGAUGAUUCCGUGAUGCUUCGUUGGAGUGUAGAGAAUUAUGGCCUUCCUAUAGAAUUCUUCAAAGUACAAUAUCGUAUGAUAGGCGAUCUCACAAAGACUAUACCCAGAGAAAAUUGGCAAACAAUGAAUGAAGAUAUUCCUUACGGCAAGAGAGACCGAAAUCAUGGCGGCUAUAAAAACUUUACUUCGUCCGUCUCGAAUCUUAAGCCAGAUCGUUUGUAUAAAUUUCGAAUCAUCGCAGUGUAUUCAAAUAACGACAAUAAAGAAGGAAACAGUUCAAGUAAAUUCCUGCUGCAGAGAGGAUCAGCUCUAGGACCAUCUAAGGGCCAUCUGCCCCCACCCUUGUUAACCGAAGUCGAACCCAUCUCGGAAACUGCCAUAAUGCUACAUUGGACACUAACAUCAAAUAAAUCAAAUAAAGUAGAUGGCUUCUAUGCGUACUAUAGGCCUGCAUCUAAUGCUGGAGAGUACUUCAAAGCAACUGUCGAUGGGUGGAAUACUAGAAAGUACCAAAUUGAUAUGCUCGAACCUGGAACUGCAUAUGAGUUCAAGUUGCAAUCCUUUACAGCAUCAGCUGCUUCAGAUUUUAGUACUAUUUUACAGGGAAGAACAAAAAAAACUCCAACUACUGCUUCGCCAAUUACACCAUCUGUAAUACAAUCUGCUAAGGCUAACGAAGAAGACAACUCCAUAUAUCCUGUUUUAGCCGGAGUUGGGGGAGGUGGUAUUCUUCUGCUUUUGGCAAUAAUAGCAGCAUGCCUUUGUAUGCGACGUAGGAAGAAUUCACAAUCAGGAGAUGAAGAUAAACCCCAAUUGGAUAACAUCCAAGCUGAAUUUGUAACAUCAUCAGUGAUUGGAUCACAAAGUCACAAACCAAGUCAUCGUAUGAACGGUGUUUUACCAAGAAUGAACAUUACACCGAACCCUCUAGCAUUAGAUGGUGACAAGCCUGCAACAACAACGAUGUCAACCCUCCCAUACCAUCAUCGAACCUCUCCACCAUCGCAAUCGCCUAUAAUGUUGCAGAAACAGAAUCACCCCCAUCAAAACCAACUACAGCAUCACCAACAUCAGCAUCCGCAUCAGCAUCAGCAUCAACAUCAACAUCAACAUCCUCCUCCAGUUCCACCACAUCAAAACAACAACCAUCAUCCACCAACAAUGCACUAUCAACCACCGCCGUCACCACAUACUCCAUCAAUGGAAGUCCACCGACGAACUUUAGAGCGCAGUGCACGUAACCUACUCUACACACAACCUGGUGGAGGUGGGGUAACCCCUCUCGACUCUGCCAUGAACAUAGAUGGCCUUCCAACGCGAAUUCCCUCUCUGCGACGAACACGAAGAACGUCCGGCAGUACAAACAACAAUAACAACAACAAUAACGGUGGGGUCGGUAUCCCAAUUGUUCCGGGAAGUCCUCGUGUCCAGCGUUCGCCAAUGCCAAGCAGAGGCGGUCAAGGUGUUGGUAUGAAGAAGAGAAAUAGAUUGGGAAGUCAUACGGAGAAUAUGUCGUCUGGAAGUUUAAACAGUAUUGAGGUUUAAAAAAAAGUCCAUUACAAAAUGUGGGUUUAUUAUUUUGGUGUAUUUUAAAAUGUUUUCAUAUUUUUUGGGAUUAACAUGGGACAAUGUGUUGCACUCUUAAGGCAAUAUUGAAUACCCCUGCCAAUACGUAUUCAAAAUGUGCAACAGGGCAAAUUUAUUCAGAUAUUACAAUCAAUAGUUUAAGUUAACAAUUUGAAUAAACAAAUUUGUUAUUUUGAAAAAAAAUUAAUUAACGAAAGAAUACUUUUUUAACGAAGCUGUUGUAAGAGCAGAAAAUGUUUUUUCAGUUGAAACUUUUAAGUGGAUACUGAUAAAGUUUAUACAAGAUUUUAAAGACUUGACAUUUAUGUAUAUCUCCGUUUCAUAACUUAGAUUUUAAACGAUUCCAUCACUGAAAUCAACUGAGAUUAAUUUUGAGUCCAAAAAAUUCCCAAAACAGUUUGUUCAAAAAACAUUGAAGAAAAAUCGAUAAAAUCGGUUAAAUACCGAGAAAAUAGACCGCAAACUAAUUCAGGACUAUUUAUAUGAUUAUCGAAAAACAUUCUGUCAAAACACUAAGAUUACAUAUGUAUAGACAUGCGAUGACGCAGUCUUUCAAUUUCUAAGAAAUCAGUAUGUAGUGCAUUUAACGUCCCUAGUCGAAACGAGUAUUUUGAUUCAUGUCUCGAUUUUCUUCAAAAGCAAAUUGGAAGUUUUUGGUUUUGUCCAAAUUCAAAGAAACUAUUUAAAUAUAAAAUACUAGAGAAAUGUUGAUUCUUCAAACGAAAUUAAAACAAUUGAUAGUACAAAUAUGAACAUUUCCAGGUAACAAAUGAAUGUAACGAUGUGGAAUCGGUUUAUUUAUGUCUCCAAAAAAAGAAAUUUUCUUCAUAGUUUUGGUGGAUGAUAAUAAAUCGACACUACUGAGCUUGUAUUCUACAAAUCAACGACCUUGAUAGACUUACAAAUACUACUUACUAAAAUACAAAUCUUAUUCAAAUUGUUAAUUACCUAAGAAUGUAAUACUGAAAAGUAACAUCUCAAGCCCAGCGUUUAAUUCUUAUUCCAAGUGAAAAAAGAAACAAUGCCUUUUUGGCCCACAAAAGUCACAAGUAAAUAGAAUUAAUAUUGUUAUUAUUUAUAUUAAAUAAACACUUAGUUUUCCGUCCUUUUUACAAAUUAAGUACUUCAGUCCAUAACAAAAAUAACACCUCAUAUUUCAAUUUAGCUUAGUAACAGCUUUUAAACGAAGCAAUUUUACUUUUUUGAAUAACUGCCACAUCUUUUGUGAGUGGAGAGAUACAGAUACUUCAACAAUUUAAUAUCUGAAAGAAUUUUUAAAAACACGUCUCCAAUCGAAAGGAAACAAUUGUACAAAUUGCUUCGUUUAAAAGAUAAAUAUUUUGAGUUUUGCUUAACAAGAAACGUAUCUUAACGUUAAUAAUUUAAAAAAAAGUCGAAAGCAGAAGAAUUUAUGUUCAACACCUAUUAAUUUUUCUUUUAAAUCUAAGUUGAUAUUUAAAGCUGUUCUGAUUAUUAUUUAGUUCUUCCUUCGGCUUGGCUGUAUAUAUGUUAUAAGGUACCAUUUAUUUAUUUAAAAAGAAAAAUAUAGAAUUAUUAUUAACUUUCUUAAUGCUUCCUGAAAGCUAUGCUUUUAAUAUUAUCUUUCAUAAGUUUAUAUUUUAAAUUUUAAGACUUUUGUUUGUGAUUGGUAUUUUUAAUAUAAAAAAUAGUUUUAUUUGACGCAUUCUUUAUGAUUAAUUAAUUGUGGUGCUUAGCAGUUAUAGAAUAUAACGAACAAAUAAAUUGUUUGUUUGUUGAAAAGUUCUUGAGCAAUAUUUAGAAUUUGAUUUACUUGAAAACUGCAGAACACCACAAAUAUUAUUUUUGUUAUGAUAAAAUGUUUUCAAAGCAAAAUUAAGAAAAUUCUCUACAUUUCUCUGUUGUAGAAAAGAUUUAAACAAAUUUUUUUCCAAUAAAUUAGAUGUUUUUUUUCAUAAAUUGUUGAUAUAUUACGGAAAAUCUUUACAAGUGUCAUUUUCUUACUUUAGUAUCAGUUUUU